GAGCAGCAGCCAUCUCCACGCCAAGGUCAGACAAAAUGCCAGGCGUGUUCCUCUCUGCUAAUCCACAGGAACUGAAAGGAACUGAUCAUUCGCUUCUAGACGACAAAACGCAAAAAAGGAGGCCAAAGACUUUUGGAAUGGAUGUGAAAGCAUACCUGAGAUCUAUGAUCCCACAUCUGGAAUCUGGAAUGAAACCUUCCAAGUCCAAGGACCUACUCUCUGCUGAUGAAGUGAAGCAGUGGUCUGAAUCUCUGGAAAAACUUCUUGCCAACCAAACUGGUCAAGACAUCUUUGGGAAUUUCUUAAAGUCCGAGUUCAGUGAGGAGAAUAUUGAAUUCUGGCUGGCUUGUGAAGACUAUAAAAAAACAGAGUCUGAUCUUUUGCAUUGCAAAGCGGAGAAAAUCUAUAAAGCAUUUGUGCAGUCAGAUGCUGCCAAACAAAUCAAUAUUGACUUUCACACUCGAGAAUCUACAGCCAAGAAGAUUAAAGCACCAACACCCACGUGUUUUGAUGAAGCCCAAAAAAUCAUAUAUACUCUUAUGGAAAAGGACUCCUAUCCCAGGUUCCUCAAAUCAAAUAUAUACUUAAAUCUUCUGAAUGACCUUCAGGCUAAUAGUCUAAAGUGACUGGUGCCGGCUGUAGGGAAUUAAAGAUGGUAUCAAGUACAGAAGGAAUGUACCAGGAUGGCUCCCUGGGGGAACACCUUGGCCUUUUUGGAUGACUCACAGAUCCAGGGGAAGAACCCAUGACUCAGGACAGAUUAACAUGGAAGUUAUCCAGGCUCAGGGCUGAAGGAGCGUGAGAUGAAAAUUUAGCGAUGGUAGAAGGAAGGAGAUACUGUGGUACUGUCAUAAAAUACAGUGGACCUACGUAUUAGAACAUCCCUCAGAACUGAGAAGGCCGGGUAAUGCUUGCUACGCAGAAACUGUGAAUAAGGGUUUUGAAACUGGUGAAAACUUGCUAUAAGCUUCAAGGUCUGACAUAAACUGACAUUUAUGCUGCAUAUCGUUAUACAGAGAUUGUAUUGAGCUGCUGAAAUCUC